UCUAGCACCGGGCGGAGGAGGCAAGACAGGGGCUGCUUGCACUCUCUGGCGUUCCAGACUUCCAUGUCUUCAAGCUUGAACAUGGAGUCCUCAACGAGCCCUCUCCUAUCGUUUUCCACCUUCAUCCAUCAGCACUUUGUCCGUCUAGGCGCUGAGCUUUCGAGCCGAUUCGAAGAAACCAAGCGGCUCGCUGGCAGUUGGCCGCGACCUUCUAUUUCCCUGGCGUUCCCGCCUCCCUUCGCCUCUCUGGCACACACCAAACACGCCCUCGCUGCUACUCUGAGUUCAGACCACGUCGCUAAGUCCCUUUCCGGCACAUCUGUCUACACAGUUAGCAAUUCCAACAAUGAGUUUGUUCUAAUUUCUGAUCCUGAUGGAGCCAAGUCUAUUGGAUUGCUCUGCUUUCGCCAGGAGGACGCUGAAGCUUUUCUUGCGCAAGUUCGGUCGCGGAAAAGAGACCUGCGAGGCCAGCCUAGGGUUGUCCCCAUAACUCUUGACCAGGUAUAUAUGUUGAAGGUUGAAGGCAUCGCAUUCCGAUUUCUGCCAGAUCCUGUUCAGAUAAAGAAUGCUUUAGAGCUGAGAGCAGCCAGUAAAAGUGGUUUUGAUGGAGUUCCUGUUUUUCAGUCUGAUCUUUUGGUUGUGAAGAAGAAGAACAAGCGAUACUGUCCUGUAUACUUCUCAAAGGAAGAUAUUGAGAAGGAGCUAUCUAAGGUGUCUAGGGCAUCUAGAGGACCAGGAAUUUCUCAGCAUAUUAUGGUUGGCAGCUUGGAAGAUGUACUGAAAAAAAUGGAGAUGAGUGAAAGGAAUUCUGGGUGGGAAGAUUUGAUUUUUGUUCCUCCCGGAAAAAGCUAUUCUCAACAUAUACAAGAAAUUACUGCUUGAAUCCAGGGUGCAACUUAAGCUAACCAAAGUUUUAUGUUGUUUCCCGAGCAAAUUGGGUGUUUUUGUUCUCACCUUUCAGCGGAGAUUCUCGGAAUACAAGAUAUUUGUGUAUGUGAGCGAGCAUACUGCUAACAUCCAUUUCAAUAAGAGGUCGCAAGAAUGCUUACAUUGUGUGUAUUAUGUAUUUCAUCUAUGAAAGGUGCUUCUAGCUUCUACUCGUAUAUGUAUAGCUCAAUAUUUAUUUCCGAAACAGCUGUACCUUAGACCUUGAAUUAUAGUUGAAUAGACUCAGGGAUGAUGGUGAUAUUGAUGUACAUUUUGUUUUGAAGACUUAAAUUUUGUGUUUACCAUU